UGCAAAAAAUUCCGAGAACAAUACGAGAAAUUCUGCCCUGCUCAAUGGGUGAAACAUUUUGAUCGUAAACGAAAUUACCUUAAAUUCAAGGAGCAGAUCGAAAAUGAGGGGAUUCCGAAUUCAGCUCAAAAGGGGUAUCCAAAUUCAGUGGUAUAAUUUGGCAUGGAUAUGGAAAAAGUUUUGAUGGAAUUGAAAGAAAGCAAAAAAGAUGGAAGUCUACAAAUUUUUAGAAAAUUGAUAACUUGUGGAACAACUCCAAUUUGUAAGCUGAAAGAAAGGGUACCAGAUAAACAAGCCAUGUGGCAGCCAGUUUUAAUGGAAUUAUUGGAAAUUUUGGCAAAUAAUCGGGACUACGGCAAAGAGCAAAUUUUACUUAUCCCUCACGCGUUUUUAGUGCUGCUUUAUGAGCAAUAUGAUAUUGAUGAAUUCAAAAGGGUUUUGCAAAGUUAUUUGCAGUUGGACAAGAAUCCCUUACAUUCCUUCAAUACAGAUUAUGACAUUCAAGACAUUGAUUUGUUCAAAUUGCUAAUUACCCAUGGAUACUUGCAAGUCAAUCGGAAGUCGAUUUACGCUGGAGAGAUAUGUAAAUUACCAUUCGAAGUGUUAUAUAAAAAUUGUACACGAUAUACAAAAUAUACAUACCUUGCUUACAAGGUAUUAUACGCAUGGCUUCAGAGAACAUCAAAGACUGAUUUUUGGGAGAAGAAUGAUUUUAUCUUUGAGAAAAAAUUGGAAAUCAUCAUCUUCUCCAAUUGGAAUAACUCGAUAAAAGAAGUCAGCAAACAAAAUUCUACCUCAAUCUUCAAUCAAUAUUUAAGAAUAAUGAACCAAAAGUACGAAGGAUUUCUGCAGUUUCUAUUUAAAGAUUGCCUUGAUAAUAUAUCUUGGCUAAAUGAGACUAAGUAUGUCAUUUUAUCUGAGGUAUUCGAUGUAUGGGACAAUGUUAACGUAAUGGUCCAAGGAGAUUUUAUCUUAUGUACGUUUACAUGCUUGACAAAAAAUUAUUUGCGCAGUUCUGGUACUAGACUGUAUAACAUAAUCUCAACUAAACUUGGUGAAACGCAAUGGAAAAACGCUUUUGGAUAUCCCAUCAGCCAUAUGGUUCGUCAAUGGGAAUCUGGGUCACAAAAAAAUGAUCAAGCUCUUCAUUGGCUUUGUACUCAAUGGCUUGAGCCUACAGUUAAAAAGAACCCUACGCUCUUAUCAUUUCUGUGGGAUCUGAGCAAAAACGCGCAUAAUAUUCUCUUUCGCUCACAUCUGGAAAGAAUUUUUUCUCAAACACGUAAACUACAAGAAGCUGGAACUGUACACACUUUAAUCGAUCAUUGCGAUGAAUACUUGAGAUUGAACAGCUUUGCAAUACACUGCCAAAAGCUCAUUUGUUUUAAAAAUGAGAAUGUGGAAAAUCAUUUCUUCGUCAUAAAGCAUUUCUUGUUCUAUAACGCCAAUUCUAAUUCAACGUUUUUGAGACGUGGUAUCAUCAAAUAUUUUAAAAUUUUUUUGUUCAACUUAUUGAAAUCUUGUACUACUCAGCAACAUUACAAUGUUGAAGUAUUUUCUAUUUUUUAUUGGUUACACCGAUUUUUUCUGGACUGUUUUGAGAUCGGUUCGUGUUAUCAACGGAAAGUGUUGGGAAUAAAGUUAUACGAAACAAUUUUAUUUUAUAUGAACGAGAGAGAAAUAAGCAAUGAAUUGAGCAACGAUCCUCGACAUAGAGAUGAGCUGAGAAAUGGGUUCAAAAUGAAACAACAAUUGGAAAAGUUCGGCGAAUGGACCUUUACAAAUAAAAUGAGUCUGUUGUGGCUGCUUAAACUGAUAUUGGACCCUGCAACUGAUGUUAAAGAAAUUUCUGCCAACAUUAUUUUAGAACAUUUCCAAAAGAGUUCUUUAAAUGAUUCUGAGUUAAAGAUAAUAUUUGAUACAGCAAUAAUGAAGUGUAACUCGUCUAAGUUCUAUGAAACUGAAAGUGGAUCAAUGCUUAUUAAAAUACUUUCAAAGUGGCGUCCGUUUCAUGAAAUAACUGCGAUAAAAUUAGAAUCUAUGUCGCAUGAACGUUGUGAAUUUUACAAGUCGUUAACAAUGCACACGAAAUACACAGAAUAUCUUUUACACGAAGCUCAUAAGCAACUGGCUGACAUAAAACGAGAUAUUCUAAGAGCUGCAAUGCAAAAUUCACCUUUUCAUGGUACUUUAACGGCGAUAUUGAAUGUUGGCUUCCAAAAUGACUUAGAAACAGAGUUGAUGACCCCAGAGUUUGCGGAAAACUUAUUGGAACUUUUGGAAGAUGCUGUGCACUUUUUACUAUCGUUACUGUCUUCAAAAUCAAGUAACCAUGAUUUUUCGUCUUCUUUCGCAGAAAUGGGAUUAGCAAUUGACACAACUGUAAAAGACAGUGAAAUUUCUGAUGACUAUGAUGAUACCAUCCUUUCACCAGCGCAUCAAUUAGUUAUUACUUGCAUUUGGAUAUCGCUAAAGGCAUCGUGUGAACUAGCUACCGAAAUCGGGAUGUUAACAUACUCAUACAAGACAGUCGAACGUUCUGCAAGUGUGAUUACUUUGGUACUAACGAAAUGUCGUCAUAAAGGUGCCAUCGAAGCUGCCGGUGUAGCAAUCGGCCAUUUAACUAGAAAAUUAGUGAACGUCAAAGGAUACAGUAAUCUACCAGAAGAAUGGCUGACUAAUUUAAUAUCUGGUCAUAAGAAUAAUCCAAAUUUAACAAGACGGAGCGCCGGUUUAGCGAUAAUGUUUCAUCGAAUUGUCGCAAAUGAUAAUAGGCAUGGUAAACCAUUGGUACACACUACGAUCAGAAGUUUACUAAAUUUGUUAGAGGGAACACAGGAGGUUCCAGGAAAUUUUCAACGAAACUCAAAUUGUACUACAUCAAAGGAGGAUAAAAACGAGGUUUAUCAAGACCUACCACGCGCAAAACACUUGCAUUUCAUUCAGAGACUAGUUUCCGACAGCGAUUUGCAUGCUCAAAUUGUUCCCUACUUGGAGAGAAUCACUAUGGAAUGUUUCAAAAAUCUUCAUUCUCAAGUAUGGACUGUUCGGAAUGCCAGUCUUCAAUUAUUUGGCGCAAUAGUUCCGAGGAUAUCUGGCCCGUGUAAUGGGAAUCAAACGUUAGACUUUGGAAAUGGUUACUCAGUGGAUCAUUUUAUCACCCACUAUCCAGAGUUGGCAAAUCAUGUACUAUCGGAGUUGAAAAAUGCUGCUUCCUGGGACAAUAAUUUGGACAAUACAUUGAAGAGUCAUUCAGCAACUAUACCGAGCAUAAUUCUUUUGUCUAGAAUGUCUGUGGGUGGAUCUGACUUGGUAGAUUAUUCAUCAAAAACAUACAUUUCUAGUGUGAAGCAGAAUCUGAAAUUACUGUUCCGUAGUCCGAUUGCUAAUGUAAGAAUCCUAGCAGCUAAAGCUUAUGCCGCACUAGUUACAUUACCUCAGAUAAGUUGGGAAUGCCUUAAGUUGAAACAGGUUGUACAAAACAUUCAUCAUCCAAAUGAUCUUCAUGGCUACAUGUAUGCAAUAAAAUACGUGAGCGACAAAUUGCAGAUGGAAAGCAAAAGUGUUAAUCCACACUGUAGUACUAACAAGCCUGAUACUUAUUAUCGACCGCAGCAUUCUCUACAAUCCAAGAUAAAUUGUCCAGCUGAUUAUCUCUCAAUUCAACAUUCGCAAAACACUUUGUCUGAACAUACAGUAUCAAAAAAUGCAGCAAAGAGUUUGUCACGAAUUUCUGCAAUAAAGAAAUCCUGGAAUGAUCUGUACUAUGGUAAAAUGAAAAUAAACUUAUGCUAUGUCGUUGAAGCAAUGUCUUUAGUGGCAUUUGAAAAUUUAGAAAGUUACGAUGACAUUUUUUUAUUCAAUGAAAUUGGACAAGAUGUAGAUCCUGUUUUAAAAUCAGAAAGCAAUAAACCAGGAUUUAGUGAAUUUAUUGCCACAUCAACUCGACUCUAUGUACAACAUGUGAAUCGUACUCGUAACAUCGACCAUGAAAAAUUAGUUAAAAUUCUCAAAUCUCAGUGCACUGAUCAGAGCGUGACUCUUUUGGACAACUUGAAAUACGACGUACCCGUUCAAGAUAUCGUUCUGAAUAAUAUUCUGCAAGUGUUUCCUGAUUGUAACGAGGCUCUGUUAGAUGCAAUGAUUCGUUACUUAAGCGAAUCUAUUAGAAAUUCUGCAAUUUUCUCUACCACCCCAGUCGGAAUUGGAGAUAAAUCAGCAGUGCUAUGUUUUUCACACCUCUCAUUACAUAAUUACGAAAUCACGAGAAAGGUGCAUCAAUUAAAGCAGAAGAUCAAAGAAGAUAGAAAAUAUUGGAAGCUGGAAUUAUUUUGUCAUAUUCUAAUUAAUACACUCGACUUCGACAGUGUCGCAAUUAAUGAUUUGGAACUUUACUGCUUCGCCAAAUCUGUUGACAGUGAUGAAAAUCUCCGUAAAAUAGCAAUUGAUUGUACAUCGUGUUUGUUGUUGCAUUUUCCAAGAAUUGAAAAUAGCAAUAAAUUAAAAAUCCUAAGGCUGUAUUUAAAUUUGUUGAAGGAUGAAAUAUCAGACAUAAGGGAAUUAGCCAGAUCUAGCUUUGUAAAUUUCUUUGAUAGUAAUUUUGCCGCUCAGAGCAUACCUCCAUUUAGUGAGACUCUGUAUUAUAAAAUUUUAGAUGAGAUUAUUAUGAAUAAAACUAGACAUGCUACUUUUUCGAUAAUGGAGAUAGUCGAUUUUUUUUUAGAUUGCUUGACAUUCAUAAACUGUCCAAAAGAUUUCAAAGUGUUAGUUGAAAGUCCAUUUGAUCAUGAAGAUCACGCAACGUCUGCAGAGGAAACUAAACUUUUAAAUAUCAUACAUUUUAGUAUUUCACAUAUACAGAAGAACCAAUCUGUAGAUAAUUUACAUAUAGGUGAAAAUAUUAUUAUAACAGACUCUUUUAAUGUAAUACGGGCCAAAAAUGAUAUUCAAAGUGAGGGUAGUCCAGAAUAUUCUGAUCUGAAAACUAUUCUGGAUCUUAAUUACAGUGAUUGCAUGAUAACUAAAAGAAACCUUGUUCUUAAAUCAUGCAAUUCAAUUAUAGAAUCAGUGAAGAGCUGAAAUUUCCCAACAAUGAAUGAGAAACGGCAAAUUGUAAAUA